AUGGGUUAUAUGAAUUUGGCUUUAUGUUCCAAAGUUAUUUUUUGGCACGCAUUUUUGGUGCUUUUUUCGGCUGUCGCGCACUUCCUUGAUUUACUCAUUCUAUGUUUUUUUUUCGUCCAGACUUGCGAUACAGAACGCCGAUCUCUGCAACGUCGUGUUAACUCUUCAGUUGGAGAGACAGCCCAUAUGAAGGCAUCCGCGGAGGCUGAGGUGCAGGAACUUCGCACUCGCCUUUCAGAGACCAGCGCAAAACUUGCCUCUGUAACACAAACGCCACCUGCUCCAACUCUGGUUGGACCUUCACAGGAUCUCCUUCAAGCAAGAGAACUGAUCCAGGUCAGUCCGCGCUUCUUCGGUUCCUGUAAGCUCGUGGAUAGAAAUUAA